AUAAACCAUUCCUUCAUGUUCAGGAAGUUUCCGGUUUUCUCACACACACUUUCAUUCCUGCUAUUAAACAUCAGAAUUAUAGCAACUAACCAGAUUUCUGCUUUCAUAGGAAACCUACACACACACACACACACACACACACACACACACACACACACACACACUCAGUCCAGCACGCUCCUGAGUUCCUCUCUGAGCUCCAGGGUUUUUCUUCUCCACUCACAGCUGGACUCAGGUCUGAAGGCUUGUUGGAGAUGCUCGUGCUGAACGUUCUCACGUGACCUGUGCGCCGCGACAUCUGGUGAUUUCAGUCCUGUGUUCGUUAUGGAUGUUCACGUGCACGGAAACCCGCGACCCUACUACAGACUCAACGGGUACCGACAAGCUAAAGAUGAUGGUCUACAGUUUCUCAGUACGGAAGAGAAGGAGUGCAUUCUUUUCUUUGAGGAGACGAUCGACUCACUGGAUGAGGAUUUCAAUGAUGAAGACUUGACCUCCAGAAGACGUACUCCUGCUGAAGGCCUUAAGACUCCAUCGAAUUCAAUGUUUAAUUCAGCUGGAGAUGUUUCCCCUCGCCUGAUGGAGCAUGACAUCAUAGACCUCGUCCAUUCUCCAAAUUUUCAGAGCCAUGCUGUGACACCGGAGCCUUAUUAUGAAACAAUUGUGAAGAGGGACUCUGUGGAUGGCGUUGUUACAUCCCAGACCACAAGCUCUGCAGCACAUGAGGAGACCAGCCACCAGCCUCCUCCCGGCUCCGUCCCUACACCUGUGGUCAUCGCUAGUAAGAUCGCCGAGCACCAGGGCACGGGCGGGAUAACGCCGUCCACCCUGUUAUGUCACAGGCGCAGCCUGGAAUCCAAACGUGAACCUGCCAGGGCCCCAUGUCUCCCCAGCAAAAUCAGCAUGACACGUGGCAACAGAGAUCCCAGUCCGCACUCGAUCGCCACGGCAGCCGUCAACAUUCAGGAGCGCCGUUCACUGAUGUUGGCCAACCUGCCUGUUGGUUUCCACCCGCUGGAGGGAGGAGAACCUUCCUGCAUGCGCAGCGCACCCACGCGCAGUGUGUCCUUUAGAGAUGUGGAGCCUGAGAAGUCCAGGAUGGAGGCGUUGUCCAAGUUAGGGUUAAUGGGGGGCCAAACCACUAAUCUGACUGCUAACGUUCACACUAAAAGGAGCAGCAGCAUUACUUCACCUAACAGUGGUGCUUACAAAGCGAACAGCAGUGAUGCUUCACCUGUCCAGAACAUUCCCAAAGUGAGCAGCAGUGGUGCUUCAUCUGUCCAGAACCCUCCCAAAGUGAGCAGCAGUGGUGCUUCACCUGUCCAGAACCCUCCCAAAGUGAGCAGCAGUGGUGCUUCACCUGUCCAGAACCCUCCCAAAGUGAGCAGCAGUGGUGCUUCACCUGUCCAGAACCCUCCCAAAGUGAGCAGCAGUGGUGCUUCAUUUGUCCAGAACCCUCCCAAAGUGAGCAGCAGUGGUGCUUCACCUGUCCAGAACCCUCCCAAAGUGAGCAGCAGUGGUGCUUCACCUGUCCAGAACCCUCCCAAAGUGAGUAACCGUGCUAAUUCUGCUAGCAACAGUGCUUACAAAGCAAGCAGCAAUGCUAGCUCACCUAUACCCAGCCCUAACAAUGCUAACAGAGUGAGUUCCAGCACACAGGCUCAUGUCUCAAACAAAAUUAAUCCUUCCAGUAACAUUCCUGACAUCAUUAUCAGUCAAAAGAAGAAUAUCAACACGUCUGCUGCGCAGCCGAAAUCCAGCCUCAGCUACGAGCCAAAACCCAGGAGUGAAAUCUCGUCCAACUUUAAUUAUUAUGGAGGAAAAACUGCUCAAAUCACGUCGGUUACCAAAGACACCACUGUGAAGCAGGACAGAAGGUCCAGUCUCCCACCAACAAGUGCUGACGUGAAACAGACCAACUUUAACAGCUACGGUGGCAAAAGCAUUGUUUUGAAUCCCACAUUUAGUGUGAAGGCAGAUUCCAACUCAUCCCCUUCUGCAGACGUAGACGAGCCACCAGAAACCCAGUUCAACAGCUAUGGAGGCAGAUCGAGAGUUUUCCAUCCUGCAGGAAACACAGAUCUAUCAGAAGGAGCAAAAUACAACAACUUACCAACUUCCACUGUCCCACCCACCACUCACCCUGGUGACGCCACCAAACCCAAACAUUUACCUCCUGACCCAGGUAACCAGUCUAUAGUCAGAAGCAGAUCUUCUACAGUGCCACCUCAAACAUUCUCCAAACCCACAGUGUCUCUGAGGCCUCGUCCAGAUCCUGUUCCUCCGGAGAUCCUCAGUAAGCCGGCUCCUUCAUUCCGCAAUCAAGGCAUCACGGUACAGUUUUCCGGCAAAGGAACAACAGGUGAAGCCAGACGAGACGCUUUACGUAGACUGGGACUGCUAAAGAACACGUCCUAAAACCUCUUAAAGCCUCGAGACUUUCCGCAGUUACGGUUUAAAGUUUAAAGAAAAAUCUCCUUACAGCAGAACUCACACCAACACCUGCUCAUGUAUGACCUUGAUGUUACCAAAAUUUCACACAAACGAACGCUGUAAGCGUGAACAUGCUGAUUUAGAAGUGGUUUUUCACAUCAGGGCUGAGGAUCUGGAUCUUCACUAUCAAAGACUGUAUGAGAAACAUGUGGCUGGAGUCACUGCAGCUUUCCAGAGAUCCUGAUGAAAGAUGAAGCCCACAGCUGGACCAGACCUGAGUUUACUGCUACUAACCCUCACCUCAGAUCUUCUUACUCUGCUUCUAGUGCUGCCUGGAGCUUCUCUUGAUCAAACCAGUGAACCAGCAAUUUGUCUGCAGUUCUCAGCAAUUUGAUGCAUAAUUGAUUUCAGACCCUGUAGUUGAUGUGUAGAGGAUAUUUUUAAGUUUGAGGGCCUCUGCCUCAGCAAACCACAGCGACCCACAUGGAGCCUCUACACAUGAGGGUGGUGAUGGAAAGUGUAUUUUUAUUCCCCUCUUUGGUUCUGGUUCUGUUUGGAUCUCCAAACCUUCUCUGGAGUUUAUCACCGAAGCUCUUUAAAUUCAGUGUGUGAGGGUGUGUGUGUGAGGAAAUGCUUUUUAUUACAGUGCAAGUGUGUGUGAGUGUGUGUGAGUAUGUGUGUGUG